CCAGCCGCGCAGCCCGGUCGCUCUGCAACCGCAAGUCAGAGCAGCAGCCACCCGAGACAGCGGAGCGCACCAGCUUCGGCCGAUGUUACUGUGGGCAUGCCCAGGUAGCUGACGCAUGCUCAGUAACAGCCAAGCCGCUGGUUGAGCCGGGGAACGACCCUUUGUGACCCUCCCCCGGGCGCUGGGGCCGCGGCGCCCCUCCGCCGCCCUUAUCCUGAGUGACUCACAGCGCCCGGGCUGCCCGUGAAGGUCACAAUGGCCACGCGCGGAGCGUGCAGCGCUGGCAGCCAGCGGAGGGGAAGGGCCUGCAGCCCCGGGGAAAGAAGCUGCUCCCAGAGGGUAAGGGCAAAUAGCCAAAGAAUGAAGUAACAAUGACACAGCUUAAUAUAUCAUGAUGAAUCAGAUUCAUGCAGAAAGAAGACUGCUCCCAUUGGGUUUAAGUGAUGAAGAAAGAAAAGAAGAAGAAAACAGAAUGAUAAGAACCAACCUCCCUCCCCAGAAAAGCCCAAAACUUGGUGUGAACAAAUGUUUUCCCACAGUUUGCUGCCACCAGGGAUUGCUUCCUGAGAUAAACCAGAGAGUUGCAGAAGAGUCACCUCUUUCUCCCAAACUGGACAAAUAUAAGCUGGCAAGAUUUUUAGCUGACAAGGCAAUCAGGGAAAAGAAAAUUUUUACCGUCUGUGGACCCUACCCAGUAAUUCGUAGAAGUUUAAGGAAAAAAGGAUGGGUGGAGAAAAAGCUUUCCAUAAGAAGUGACUUACAGGACAAUAAAGAUGACGAGUGUGAUGCUGAUUGUGAAGAUGGUGGGAAGAAUGGCAAAAGAAAUGUCUUGUGUGAAGAAGUUUCUGGCCUUGACAGUUCAGAUGACAUUCAUGAUGUAAUGUCUAGGUUGGUAAGAAAUGAAGAGACAUCCUUUUUUUGGACUAUAAAAAAGGAUGCAAUUAAUUACCAUAACCUACAUUGUGAUCAGAUGCUGAAUCAUUAUGCGAAAACUGGCUCCUUUACAACUAAAAUUGGACUUUGUUUGAAUCUGAGAAAUUUGCCAUGGUAUGUUCCAGCAAAUCCAAAUACCUUUUUCCCCCGCUGCUAUGGUAUUUGCAUGGAUGAUGAGAAACAUGAUUUUAUAGAGGACUUCAGGAAUACAGCAGCGUGUAGCAUACUCAAAUGGGUCAUCAGUCUUAAUGCCUGUGAUAAAAAAACACAGAAGUCUAAAGGAAAAAUUAAUAAAGAAGAUGUAGGCCAGAAGAAAGAUCCUGUAGAUUCUGAUGAAAAGGAAAUCAAGCAACUUCCUGGAAAACUAAUAGACAUGGCUUGCCAGGUUUGUGAAACCUACCUUGGGCAGAUGGAACAUGAGGACAUUGACACAGCAAUGGAUGCUUCUGCAGUUCUUAGUGAGGAGGAAUGGAAAGACUUAAUUGAACAGUACUACUGUCUCAUUCAUGAAGGUGCUGUCAUUUGUAGUGCACAUAAUUACAUUACACAAUGUCAAAAGAUUCUGAGCAAAAUCAUGUCUACAAACCCACAGCAAGACAUAGACGGUAACCACAAUAUCUGGAUUAUUAAACCAGGAGCAAAAUCUCGUGGCAGAGAAAUAGUGUGCAAAAAUAGACUGGAUGAUAUUCUGAAGCUAGUAGAAGCAACAGAUCAAUUUCCAGUAAAGGACCACAAGUGGGUGGUACAGAAGUACAUUGAGACACCAUUGCUAAUUUAUGAUACUAAAUUUGAUAUUAGACAGUGGUUUCUUGUCACUGACUGGAACCCUCUGACUAUAUGGUUCUAUAAAGAAAGCUAUCUGAGAUUUUCUACACAACGUUUCUCCUUAGACAAUCUAGACAGCUCCAUUCAUCUUUGCAAUAAUUCAAUCCAGAAACAUUACAAAAAUGCUGCAGACCGGAAUCCUCUAUUGCCAUGGCACAAUAUGUGGACAAGCACCAAAUUUCAGGAGUACUUACAAAAGAGAGGUCGAGGCAAUAUGUGGCGAAAUGUUAUCUAUCCGUCCAUGAAAAAAGCCAUUACCUACACAAUGAGGAUGGCUCAAGAGAGCGUUGAAGCCCGGAAGAGCAGUUUUGAGCUAUAUGGGGCAGACUUUAUUCUUGGAGAAGACUUUAAACCAUGGUUGAUUGAAAUCAAUACUAGCCCAACAAUGUUCCCUUCUACACCCGUCACAGCAGAGCUGUGUGCGCAGGUACAAGAAGACACAAUUAAGUUAGUUACUGAGAAGAAACGUGACAAAAUCUGGGACACUGGAAAAUUCGAACUUCUCUGGAGGCAGCCUCUUUUGGAUCUGCCGCCGUUCAGUGUUACAGACCUUUUUGUGGAAGGAGUUGGUAUUAAGAGAUCAAGGCAGAAAGCUGCUCCCAUCACUAAUUUGAAUUUUCUUGACACAUUAGCAAGAAUACCACAGACAACUGAGUGUGCCUCACCCAAUCAUGAAAAACAAGGAGAAUCAAUAGGAACUGUAAAUAACAAGCAAAACAUCAAAAUUAAAAUUGAAAAAGCUACUUUUUGCACUUUACCUAAGCCUCUCAAGAGGCCACCAGGGAAAAGUUGUAAAGUAAGGGAUGCACAUGUGAAAUCCACUGGGCACAUAGAUUUUCCCAGCUUAGUUUUACAACCUACACAAAGCAUCACAGAGACGAAACAUGUGCAGUAUAUAAACAAGGCAAAAGGAAUAACAGAUUCAAGCUUUCACAGAGUAAAUCAGACCGCCUCUACCUUUCAAAAUAUGAAUCCCUUGGACUGGCCUUUACUUCAGCCUUCCAAAAUAUCAGGUUUGCAGAACAGCAACAAGAAAAUUCCAUGCUUAGUUUGUGGAGACACUUUCCAGUUGGAGAAAACUUGUAAACACUGCAGCUCCUUUUGUGCAACAGUACUGCAAGGAAGUUCAUAUUUACCUAUGAAUGAUUGUUCUACCCCCGAAAAGAAGGUGACCAGCAACAAGAUAAUUGUUCAUAGCAAUGUCUUCCCUGAAAACAUAUGAGUCCAUUCUGAGUACUCCAGUCUUUUAAAGGCGUUUUUUGAAACAAAAAUAGAACUGUACAAGCCUUGCAUAAACCGAUGUUGAAGAAAAAUUAUUUACCAUGAGCAACUCAAAGAUAAUAUUUAAAGGU